AAUAUGUAGGUUCGGUGUCCAAACCUGCUGUUGACCGUUGCACCAGACCAAGAUUUUAAAUUCAUUCCUGCCUCUGUGCCCCACCACCAUUCAUCUUCUCCCUUCUCGUCCCUCCUGUUCAGCGAAAGCCUUCUUCUCUCUCUAUCUCUCUCACUCUCUAACUCCCAAGAUUGCAGCGAUGGUGUCGAGGAGGAAGAGAACGCCAGUGAAAUCCAUUAAGGACACAGCCAACGGCCGCCGCCGCCGGCAAAAAUCUCCCGUCAAACAUGUAGUUGCCCCCUUCUCCGUGCUGGCCUCCAUCCGACGUCGCCUCUCAAAGUUUUUCUCCAGAUUCACGCGGACCGGCACUCCGAAUAGUCACCAAGGAUACACAAAAUUAAAGAAAAUGCAUUCCAAAGAACAACAUUGCGAAGAAUCCUUGAACGACAUUAGAAAGACCCUUGUCUUCAACAACCCUCUUCCACCCCUGAUCUCAUCUGAUAAGAGAACCAUCUUUCUUGAUCUGGACGAGACCCUGAUCCACUCCAAGACGGACCCGCCGCCGGAGAGGUUCGAUUUCGUCGUAAGGCCUAGGAUCGACGGUGUGAUGAUGAAUUUCUACGUGUUGAAGCGACCGGGAGUCGAUGAAUUCUUGGAAUACUUGGCCGCGAAGUUCGAGGUGGUGGUGUUCACCGCAGCCUUGAGAGAGUACGCGUCCAUGGUGCUGGACCGGCUCGACCGGAACGGGCUGAUCUCGCACCGGCUUUAUCGGGACUCGUGCAAACAGGUGGAAGGGAAGUUCGUGAAGGACUUGUCUGAGAUGGGGAGGGAUUUGAAACGGGUGGUUAUUGUCGACGACAACCCGAAUUCGUACGAGAACCAACCCGAUAACGCGAUUCCGAUCCCGCCGUUCGUCGACGAUCUUCGCGACCGAGAGCUGCAAAAACUCACAAGGUUUUUUCAGGUAUCUGACUACUACGAUGAUAUGAGGACGGCCGUGAAAUACUACCUUGCCGACGAAGAAUGUGCUCUGGAUUACUGAAAAGCCUUCAAAUUCUUUUGUUUGUGUUUUUUAGAAUUCUUGCUUAAGCUGAAUCAUGGGGGGGGGGGGGGGAACAGAAACAAUUCUUGCUUCAGAUUGAAGAGUUGAACAAUAAUAUGUUCAAUGUGAAAUCG